AUGGAUGACAUUGGAAGUUUAGAAAUCAGGUGGAUACAGGGGUUUACAAACAAGAGUGUUGCAUUUGUUGACAACAAAACUGUAUGUUACUCAUGUGGGAGUCAUAUUUGCUUCCUGGACCUGGAGACAAACUCUCAAAGUGUGCUGAAGAGUCCUGGCAGAGGGGCUGGUGCCUUGACUGCCAAUGGCUACAAUGGGAUUUUUGCUUUCUGUGAAGAAAAGCUACGUCCAUCGAUAUUUGUGUACAUUUUUCCUGAGUUUAACUUAAAGAAUGAACUUAAAGGUGCAGCACAACUGGACUACACAUCUCUGACAUUAAGUGAUGGGGGUCCCUAUGUAGGCUGCUGCUCAUCUUUACCAGAGCACACAAUAACAGUGUGGAACUGGGAAAAUGCUGAACAAAUUUGUACACAUCCGAAUGCUGGGCAAGGGGUUGUUUCUUUGCUGUUCAACCCCCUAAACUGGCUCCAACUUUGUGCUUUGAGCUCUUCAGGCCUCACUGUCUGGAAUAUUGAAAGGAGUGGCAGCUUUCAUGCCCUGAAACCAAGUGUGAUACAGCUCCCAGCAACUGAUGGAUCCGUUGUUGAGAGUUUGCUCCCCACCAUUCACUCUGCCAGUGAAAAAAUUCCCUAUUUUGGUCCAGAGAUGCCUCCAACAGCCAUCACAGGGCUUCAUGGAGACAAGGCAGAAAGAAUUGUGGCGAAACUCUGCACCAAAGCCAGACUAACUCCUACUGCCAUCUGCUGGACAGCCAAAUCUGAACUGUAUGUGGGCUGUGUGGAAGGCUUUCUGCUGCUUGUUGACCCAGAGAGCCUCUGUGUCUCAGUCCUAUAUAACCCAACAACUGCUGAUGCAAUUCCUGAACUCCGACAGAGCAAUUUUCAGAGUUUAACUCUUAAUAAAAAUGGUUUGAUUGCUGUUGGAAGGGAUGGUGUGGUGCUCUGCAUGCAAUUCAAAGGGACUCAGAUCAACAUAACACAAACAUGGCAACUAGAAGGCCAUGUCACAACUGCGAUGUCCUCACCAGAUCAUGAGAAAUUACUCCUUUGCUCUAAUACUGGGCAAUUCUGCAUGUUGACUCCAACCUCUGAUGAGAUUGUGAAGGUCUUGGAUGUCCUCAGUGGCAACUUUAUGGCAGCAGCUUUGUUGCACACUGACAGUAACAUUUGUGUGUCAGUGAGGGAGUCUGGAGAUCUGCAGCUGUGGUCCUCGGAUGGCAUUAGCCUUGGAUCUUUGUCUCUUCAAGCGCAGGUGACAAGUCUGGCCUGCUGUCCUAUUGCACAAUAUGCAGCUGUAGGAACAGUUUUAGGAAAUGUCCUCUUCCUUGACCUGAACAGGGAGCAGCAGCCUCGCCUGGUGCACCAAGUUCACCUGUACAAUUCUCCUGUGAAUCACAUUGUUUUUGACAAAGAAGGACGCUAUCUUUUCACCGGUGCCUCAGAUUUUCUUGUAUAUGUGCUGGAUGCAAAGCCGUCAAAUAAGUUUUCAGUCAUUGGAUACACAGAUGUUCCUGGACCUGUUUUGUCACUGUCUUCUCAGACCAUCAGGACCACUGGGGAGGUGAAAGUUCUUGCUCUGUGCAGUGAACAGGAGGGCAAUAAUCAUAAGGGCAAGCUGCUAGCACUGCUCACCCUGCCUACAAAGGAACUUUCAGGUCCAGAUUGUGUAGACAGAAAUGGUUGUCUGUCUUCUAACAUCCUCAAAGUGUCCAGAUACGAAGUGUCUCAUCCUCUUGAAUCAUGUGUCCUGGGACUCGGUGAAUUCUUUGCUUAUUGCCACAAGAGGAAAACUAUCCAGCAAUUCCAGCUUCCCCAGGAUACAGACACUCCCUCCAAUGAAAAGGUCCAGCUGAAACCAGAGAAGGAAGUGAAGGGUCAUCCUCUCGGCCCUGCCUCUCUCAUUCUGUCUCCUCACAACUUGUGGCUGGCCUCUACGGGCCGAGAUGGCCUGUUACGCCUCAGAGAAAUUUCUUCCAUGGAGCGGUUCAUUGAGCUGCAGUGCCAUUCAUGCCGCCUCGGUGGAGUGAGGAGCGUCUCCUUCUCAGCAGACAGUCGGACUCUCCUCACUGCUGGCUUUAAUGAUGGCUCUCUUCUUUGCACUAAUCUCAGAAAUCUAGGUUUGGAUGCUGGUAAGAUAGAUGACGCUACUCUCUACAGCAAGUCCAUGGGUCUUUUUCUGAAGAAAAUAUUCAUUAAAGAGAAUGACGUUCUCAUCGACCUACCUGACUGCGGCAAAGAGUCUGAAAAACCAGAGGAAAUGGAGGUCAGUAUUGCAGUAGAGUCUGUGGAUGUGACUGAGCAGGAAGAUGGUUCUAACAUCCUGCUGUCUGCUCCACCUUCACACCUCACGUGGCUGGAGAGCAGGCGAGAGGCGAUUAUUAAAGAAGAGAAUGAAAAAUAUUCUGAGACCAAGAAAAACAUGAAGAAAACCUUCAAAGAGUUACGUGACACUAUUCAGGAGAUGAUGCGUGAAAAUGACACCCUCCCAGAGAUUGAGCGUCUCGAGCUCCAUGAAUUUAACCUGGAUGUUGAGGAGCGAAAGAGACUGCAGGCCAUGGUGGAGCAGGAAGUUGUCAGGGUGAAGAAUGAAAUUGAAUGGGAGAUGUUAGCUAAAAGUUACCUUCGAGAUGUCCUAAAGAAAGAAUGCUGGGAUUCAAUGAAAGUCAAAGGCAGGGCAAUUAAGGCCUUUCACUCUGAACAUGAGGUGAAAAACUAUCCUCUGAGGGAGCGAACAGAGAAAGAGGAGGCAGACCUCCAGAGGGUUCAGGACUUGAGGAAGUGUGAAAAAGCUGCCUGCACCCCAAGCAGCCAAAAGGAAAGUUCCAACACAGCCACAGCAAACAAGGAAGAGCAGAGGGAGGAAGGUCAGAGGGCAGAGAGUGCUGCUGUAGCAGGAAGUUUCUCUACUCAUUUGGGAUAUUCAAAUCCCUAUGUUUAUGAUCAGUUCAGCCUGCAAACCACAGAACAAAGGAUCAACCAGACGAUUCUGCUACAGGAUGUGAUUUAUCGCAUCAAGACUGGGUUCAAUGCAGACUUUGAGGCCGUGCACAGGCAGAAGGUGCAGGAGCUCAGCCGUGUGAGGGACAGAAACCGACACAUCAGGGAGAUCAUGCUGGAGCUGGACGUGCACGAGACGCUGUGGGAGCCAAGCCUGACCUUCGGCGAGUGGCCGGAGAGGCUGCUCACUGUGGACGACUCUGAGAUAAAAGCAGAGAAGUAUUUCACCUCUGAACAGAAAGAGGAGGAGAGAAAGAAGCUGGAAGAGCAGAGACGUUUGGCUGCCAAAGGAGAUAACUUCAGAGAGGGAGUCCUUGAUGACAUUAUGGACGGAGCGGUUGAGGUGAAGAAAGUGAACGUCCUGAAAUUGGAAAUACCUCCGCCUGAGUUUGUUUUGACCAAAGCUGCCAUCCACUGGACUGAGGAGGAGAAAAGGGUCUACAAAGAGUAUGAAAAGAAAACCAAAGACCUCAACGAAGAGAAGGAGAGGUACAGAAAGUCAUUGGAAAGUGAAAUAAAAAAACUACAGGCCGCAACCAAGGAAGCGACUGAAAGGUUUGACAAGAAUUUGAAACAGCUAUUUGAGAAGAAACUGAAAUGUGAAAUGACUUUAUACCAGGAAGAGCUCAAGAUCACUUAUCUUGUGUACUCUGUCCUCAUUGAGGGGGAGAUGAGAAAUCGAGAGCAGGAGCUCAAGCUCAAGCUUGAAAAAACAGUAGCAUACAAGGAUGAAAUUGGAGAGCAGCUGAAGAAACAUGAAGAGGAAGUAGAAUUGUUUCAUGAGAACUAUAACACACUUUUAUCUGAAGACAAAGCCCUUGACAAAGAAUUUAGAAAAGAGUUCUUUAAUGUUCCAGGCAGCAUGGUUGAUCACCUUUAUAAGUUAUUCAAACGUAGACCAAGGGUUCAAAAAAUAAGAACUCAAACUGAUGUCAACUCCAACCCGUUUAAAGACCAGCGUCUGUGUGGUUCUCUGGCUCCUGAUGUGCUUGGAAAAAUGCUGAAGGCCAUGGAAGAACUGGAUGCUCCAGAGAAUAUGCCAGAAGACUUGAACCGCUUGAUCUGGGAGAAGUUUUGUCUUGUCCGCAGAGCAAAAGUGGAGAGCGAGCAAAAGGUAAAACUUAAUGCAUUGACUCUUGCCGAGAUGCAGGCAUUCCUGCAGAAGAGGAGAGUUGAGGACAAGGCUCUUCAACAGGAAAUUAAAAAUCUCUCUGAUGAGCUUGAAAGUCUGCACAAAGGGAGGAACCAUUUCCUGAUGGACACCGUGGUCCAGAUCCUGCUCAAACCUGACCAGGUGGAGGUGUCUGUCACAGACAUGACUGCUGACUACACUGACUCCGUGCUUUACCCCAAGAGUGUGGUGCAGGACCUCAACAGAACCAUAAGGACUCUUGGAGAGCAGAAGAUCGCCGCAAUGGUGGAGUGCAAAGACUUCCGUAAGGGUAUCAUAAAGCUGCAGUGGGAGCACAAGAAGAUGACGAUGCAAAUAGAGGACCUCAACAACAAGAAGAGAAACAUUCAGAGGUUACAGCUCAAUAAGGAGCAACAGGAUUACCUCGACAACAAAGACCAGGACAGCCGCAUGUCCAAACAGGUUUCUACUCUGGAGAAAACUAUAGCUUUCCAGGAAAAGGCUCAUUUACAGAGUGUGCAGCAUUGCAAAGAAAAGAUUGAACAGCUAAAAAGACAAGCAGCGCACAGUGCUAAGAAGACUCAAGUUGUAGAGCAGCAACUGCCCAACAUGCAGGUGUCUGUGGCAGAGAGGAGACACAUCUAUGAAGAAAUAGCUACAGAGGAAAACCAGGCAGCUGCAACAGAAGAGCGCUACCAGGAAAUCGCUGAGCAGUCAAGGCUGAAGGACAUAGCCAUAGCUCAGGCACAGGAGCUGUCUCUCCUCACGGCAGAAGUGGAGCGCCUGAGAAUGAAGAACUUUCCUUCACUUGAUCAGCUGAAACACAACUGA